UAAAAACAGGAUUACCCUUAGCUACAGAUCCACUGCCUUAGUUUCCACCACCAACUGCAGUGCACAAACACACGUUAGGCACAGGAAAGAAAGAAAGAGAGAGGACACACUAACAGUAAACACAAACAAAAGGGUGAUGGGAUUAUUUUACUGCAUGCACUGCUGAGCCCGACAUUGUCACCUCCUCUUUGAGGGGUUAGAAGAAGCUGAGAUCUCCCGACAGAGCUGGAAAUGGUGAUGAAUCUUUUUUAAUCAAAGGACAAUUUCUUUUCACUGCACUUUGACUAUGGAAACAGAGGCUAUUGAUGGCUAUAUAACGUGUGACAAUGAGCUUUCACCUGAAAGGGAGCACUCCAGUAUGGCAAUUGACCUCACCUCAAGCACACCCAAUGGACAGCAUGCCUCACCAAGUCACAUGACAAGCACAAAUUCAGUAAAGCUAGAAAUGCAGAGUGAUGAAGAGUGUGACAGGAAACCCCUGAGCCGCGAAGACGAGAUCAGGGGCCAUGAUGAGGGUAGCAGCCUAGAAGAACCCCUAAUUGAAAGCAGCGAGGUGGCAGACAACAGGAAAGUCCAGGAGCUUCAAGGCGAGGGAGGAAUCCGGCUUCCGAAUGGUAAACUGAAAUGUGACGUCUGUGGCAUGGUUUGCAUUGGGCCCAAUGUGCUUAUGGUACAUAAAAGGAGUCACACUGGUGAACGUCCCUUCCACUGUAACCAGUGUGGAGCUUCUUUUACUCAGAAGGGCAACCUUUUGAGACACAUAAAGUUACACUCUGGAGAGAAGCCGUUCAAAUGUCCUUUCUGUAGCUAUGCCUGUAGAAGGAGGGACGCCCUCACAGGACACCUCAGGACCCACUCUGUGGGCAAACCUCACAAGUGCAACUACUGUGGACGGAGCUACAAGCAGCGCAGUUCACUGGAGGAGCACAAGGAACGCUGCCACAACUAUCUCCAGAAUGUCAGCAUGGAGGCUGCCGGGCAGGUCAUGAGUCACCAUGUACCUCCUAUGGAAGAUUGUAAGGAACAAGAGCCUAUUAUGGACAACAAUAUUUCUCUGGUGCCUUUUGAGAGACCUGCUGUCAUAGAGAAGCUCACAGGGAAUAUGGGAAAACGUAAAAGCUCCACUCCACAAAAGUUUGUGGGGGAAAAGCUCAUGCGAUUCAGCUACCCAGACAUUCACUUUGAUAUGAACUUAACAUAUGAGAAGGAGGCUGAGCUGAUGCAGUCUCAUAUGAUGGACCAAGCCAUCAACAAUGCAAUCACCUACCUUGGAGCUGAGGCCCUUCACCCUCUGAUGCAGCACCCACCAAGCACAAUCGCUGAGGUGGCCCCAGUUAUAAGCUCAGCUUAUUCUCAGGUCUAUCAUCCAAAUAGGAUAGAAAGACCCAUUAGCAGGGAAACCUCCGAUAGUCAUGAAAACAACAUGGAUGGCCCUAUCUCUCUCAUCAGACCAAAGAGUCGACCCCAGGAAAGAGAGGCCUCUCCCAGCAAUAGCUGCCUAGAUUCUACUGACUCAGAAAGCAGCCAUGAUGACCACCAGUCCUACCAAGGAAACCCAGCCUUAAAUCCCAAGAGGAAACAAAGCCCAGCUUACAUGAAGGAGGAUGUCAAGGCUUUGGAUACCACCAAGGCUCCUAAGGGCUCGCUGAAGGACAUCUACAAGGUCUUUAAUGGAGAAGGAGAACAGAUUAGGGCCUUCAAGUGUGAGCACUGUCGAGUCCUUUUCCUAGACCAUGUCAUGUACACCAUUCACAUGGGUUGCCAUGGCUACCGGGACCCACUGGAAUGCAACAUCUGUGGCUACAGAAGCCAGGACCGUUAUGAGUUUUCAUCACACAUUGUUCGAGGGGAGCACACAUUCCACUAGGCCUUUUCAUUCCAAAGGGGACCCCUAUGAAGUAAUGAACUGCACAUGAAGAAAUACUGCACUUACAAUCCCACCUUCUUCAGAUGUUGACAUACCUUUUUUUUUUUUUAAUAUUAUUACUGUCAUUAAUUCUUAUUUUGUGGACGCAGUGUCAUUUGCUCUGCCUAAUUACAAUAAGGAAGAAACAGAAGAGAGAAGGGAUGGGAUAUUGUUUCUUGACAGCUUGGCUUGUUUAUUUUAUGGGAAUUGAA